UCUUCCUCCUCCGCGUUCCCGUCCCGUCCUCCCCCUCUCUCCAGCCUUCACACGCCCCGUUGCGCGCAGGGACUCCGGGCUGACGAGGGAAGCAAGCUAGCAAGCAAACCGUCCCGCUCGACGGCGUGCCGGCCGGCCUCCGCGGAACUCGCAGCCAUGCUCUCCGCUCGCACCGCCGCCGCCUCGCCCGCCGCCUCCCUGUGGAAGCGCGCGGGUGGCGAGGGGGGAAGCGGCAACGGCAACGGCAACAACGGAUGCACGAGCUGCAGGGAGGUGCGGAGGAGGGCGGCGGUGGUGACGGUCCGCGCGACGCCGCCUAGGAGGGUGGAGGCGGUGGCGAUGGAGUCGGCUGCCGCGGAGAUCGCGGAAGCGGAGGCGGAGGCGGUGGCCAUGGAAUCGGCGGUCGCGGAAGCGGAGACCGCGGAGGAGGAGGCGGAGAAGGAGGUGGCGGCGGCCGGCGGCGGGGUGGAGGACAAGUACGGCGAGGACAGGGCCACGGAGGAGCUCCCCGUCACGCCAUGGGCCUUCUCUGUCGCCAGCGGUUACACCCUUCUGAGAGAUCCACAUCACAACAAGGGCCUCGCCUUUACUGAGAAGGAGCGGGAUGCACACUACUUGCGUGGCCUUCUUCCCCCAGGAGUUGUCUCACAGGACCUCCAAGUAAAGAAGAUCAUGCACAACCUUCGUCAGUACAAGGUCCCUCUGCAGCGCUAUGUGGCCAUGAUGGACCUUCAGGAGAGAAAUGAAAGACUCUUCUACAAGCUUCUCAUUGAUAACGUGGAGGAGCUGCUCCCGGUGGUUUACACACCAACUGUAGGUGAGGCAUGCCAGAAGUAUGGGAGUAUAUUUAGGCGCCCACAGGGUCUGUAUGUCAGCUUGAGAGACAAGGGGAAGGUCCUUGAGGUGCUAAGGAACUGGCCUGAGAGGAACAUUCAAGUUAUCGUUGUUACUGAUGGUGAGCGCAUUUUGGGGCUUGGAGAUUUGGGUUGUCAGGGAAUGGGAAUUCCUGUUGGCAAACUUUCUCUGUACACUGCACUUGGAGGAGUUCGCCCAUCAGCUUGCCUGCCUAUUACAAUUGAUGUUGGUACUAACAAUGAGCAAUUGCUUAACGAUGAGUUCUACAUUGGGCUUAGACAAAGACGUGCUACUGGAGAGGAGUAUCAUGAGCUCAUGGAAGAGUUCAUGGGUGCUGUUAAGCAAAUAUAUGGUGAAAAAGUUCUCAUCCAGUUUGAAGACUUUGCCAAUCACAAUGCAUUUGAUUUGCUUGCAAAAUAUAGCCAGAGUCAUCUAGUUUUCAAUGACGAUAUCCAGGGAACAGCAUCUGUGGUCCUUGCAGGGUUGUUAUCUUCACUGAAGAUCGUCGGUGGGAACCUAGCAGAGCACACCUAUCUGUUCCUUGGUGCUGGCGAGGCUGGAACUGGUAUUGCCGAACUCAUUGCUCUUGAGAUUUCAAAACAGACAGAUAAUCCAAUUGAAGAGUGCCGCAAAAGGAUUUGGCUGGCGGAUUCAAAGGGUUUGAUUGUUAGCUCCCGGAGAGACUCGCUUCAGCCAUUCAAAAAAUCUUGGGCACAUGAGCAUGAACCUGUGACAACGUUGUUAGAUGCUGUCAAGUCCCUCAAACCUACAGUGCUGAUUGGAACUUCUGGAGUUGGCAAAGCUUUUACAAAAGAAGUCAUUGAGGCUAUGGCUUCCUUCAAUGAGAAACCUGUCAUUUUCUCGUUGUCAAAUCCUACAUCACAUUCUGAAUGUACGGCUGAAGAAGCAUACAGAUGGACCAAGGGUCGUGCAGUGUUUGCCAGCGGAAGUCCAUUUGACCCUGUGGUUUACGAUGAGAAGACUUAUGUGCCUGGCCAGGCAAACAAUGCUUACAUUUUCCCUGGCCUUGGCCUUGGUGUUGUUAUCUCCGGAGCAAUCCGUGUACACGAGGACAUGCUUCUUGCUGCCUCGGAAACACUAGCUGAACAAGCCACUCAGGAGAACUUCGCCAAGGGAUCCAUCUUCCCACCCUUCGCAAACAUCAGGAAGAUAUCUGCACUCAUCGCUGCUAGCGUGGCAGCAAAAGCCUAUGAACUUGGCUUAGCAACCCGCUUGCCUCGCCCGAGAGAUCUGGAGAAAUAUGCAGAGAGUUGCAUGUACACCCCAGUCUACCGCAGCUACAGGUAAUGCUGCUAGGAUCAGUUUUGCAGUAAUAAAAUGUGCUGUCGCAGGAUGCUGCGACGCUGUUUGUCGUUUGUCGCAGCAACAGUUGGUUCCGCUGCCUUAUCUGUAUACAUAUGUCAUGUCUAUUGUAACCUUAUGGAAGAAGUCUGAAAGAAAACCUUGUGUACCAACAUUUGUUAAUCUUGUCGCUUCAGUGUAACUAGUGGUAAUAAACACACACAGCACUGGUUCUCA